GGACAGUCAUCAUCCAUUUUAUGUUCUUUUCUCAUCUCACCUGAUCUCACAUCAUAUAACUUCUCUCUCUCUCUCUUCUUUUCCAGAAUCACAAAAUUCUCCUAGAAAUUCACUCCGUGUCCUUCAAGACAGAUCCAAAACCCAUCUCUGGGCAAUUCUAUCUUCUUCCUCUUCACCCCCUUUCAACACUUUUUUGAACUUUCUACACUAUUCACUAUUAUUCCCCAAUUUCUACUUUAUCGACUCAAAUUUACUCCGAUUUUCGUCGCAACCGAAUCGCUAUUUUAGCUUUUUUCUUCUCACAAGAGAGAAAAGAGUUUCUUUCUGUCACUCGAUUUAGCGUGCACUGAGGGUUUUCUAGAUUCUAGUUCUUGAUCUUAUUUUCAUCCAUCAAAAUCACCUUUUUUUUUAUCUGUCCUUUUGAUUGUCAGGGAAUUGGGGUUAGUAUAUAGCCUGAAUUUCGGAGUUGUUCAACACUUUUGGAUCUCAAUUUUUAUGUUAAAUCUCGUUGGAUCUAAGAUUGUGCUUUGGAAUAGAUAAAAUAAGUUGUUUUUUUUCUUUUCUUUUUUGCAAUUGAUGUGUGUAGUGGGGUGGUUUUGUAAUUUAGCAAGGGUUAGGAGUUUGUGGUUUUGAUAAUGGAUCAUGUUAUUGGUGGAAAAUUCAAACUUGGGAGGAAGAUUGGGGGUGGAUCAUUUGGAGAGCUUUACUUGGGUGUGAAUGUACAAACUGGAGAGGAAGUUGCUGUCAAGCUGGAACCUUCGAAGACCAAGCAUCCUCAACUUCACUAUGAGUCAAAAUUGUACAUGCUUCUUCAAGGGGGAACGGGUAUUCCCCAUUUAAAAUGGUAUGGAGUUGAGGGUGACUACAAUGCAAUGGCAAUUGACCUCCUUGGACCAAGUCUUGAAGACUUGUUUAACUAUUGCAAUAGGAAAUUGUCUCUGAAAACAGUUCUGAUGCUUGCAGAUCAGCUACUAAACAGAGUUGAGUACAUGCACUCCCGGGGUUUCCUGCACCGUGAUAUAAAGCCUGACAACUUUUUAAUGGGCUUAGGCCGCAAAGCAAAUCAGGUAUACAUAAUUGAUUAUGGCCUUGCAAAAAAGUAUCGAGAUCUUCACACGCACAAGCAUAUACCAUACAGGGAAAACAAAAACCUCACUGGAACUGCCCGGUAUGCGAGUGUUAAUACCCAUCUGGGAGUUGAACAAAGCAGAAGAGAUGAUCUAGAAUCACUUGGUUAUGUGCUCAUGUACUUUUUGAGAGGAAGUCUCCCUUGGCAAGGUUUGAGAGCUGGCAAUAAAAAACAAAAAUACGACAAAAUAAGUGAAAAGAAGAUGCUUACUCCUAUAGAGGUUUUGUGCAAGUCACAUCCAUUGGAAUUUACAUCAUACUUCCAUUAUUGCCGGUCGCUGCGGUUUGAAGAUAAGCCUGAUUAUUCCUAUCUCAAGAGACUCUUCCGUGACCUAUUCAUCCGAGAAGGUUAUCAGUUUGAUUAUGUGUUUGAUUGGACAAUAUUGAAAUAUCCACAAAUUGGAUCCAGUUCCAAAGCCCGACCAAGUGGGAAACCAGUCAUAAAUCCAGGACAAUCUGGAGAGAGAAUCGAACGGCCUUCAGGUGGACCAGAGGUACGAGAUAGAUUCUCAGGUGUAGUCGAGGCAUUUGCAAGAAGGAAUGUGUCUGGGCAUGGUCUGCAUGGUGAUCAUUCCAAGCAUAGGUCAAAGGAUGACGGACCAUCUUCUAAAGACGCGCAAGUUGAUUCUGAGAGACCCCGUAGCUCUUCUCGUCAUGGCAGUUCUUCAAAAAGGCCUGUCUUAUCAAGCAGCCGUCCCAACUCUUCUGGUGAACCGAGUGAAAGCCGCCGCCUGGUCAUGAGCAGUAGCCGACUAUCUACUACUCAGAGAACUCAACCAGGUUUGGAGUCUAAAACAUCAUCAUUUAAUCGUGCUUCUGGGACAAGAGGUGGCCGUGAUGAUACACUCAGGAGCUUUGAACUCCUAUCACUUGGUACAGGAAAAAGGAAAUGAAGAACUAACUCUGAUCAAGCAGACUUUAUGAGUCAGUGGUCUUGGUUUUGUUCCGAUGCUUUUUCUUUGAGAGAUGCCUUACCCUUGUUGAUUACUCUGUAUAUUUUCCAUCCAAUGUUGUGUCAUUCAAGGCUAAAAACUCAUUGGAAUUUCUUCUUGAAGCUUUGCCAGACUCCCCUUUUAGCUCUUCUGAUGUUCUUCCAUGAAUAUUUCAGCAUGGACCCAUUCACGAAGAGAUGCCAUGUUACUUUAGGAAUUUGUUAAUAUAUGGCUACUUGUAAUAAGUAAAUUCUCUAUUUUUCUGCUGAAGAAAAUGAAAAGAAACUACAUUUUGCAAAAA